ACGUUGUUUGACAUACCCAUCGUUGUAGGCUUCGCCUCUGGCUGUUUCUUUUUUAAAAGGCAAGCUCAAAGCCACAGAUUAUACAUUUUGCUCACAAGCCGUGCGGGUAAAAUAACCUACAGAGAGAGCGGCAGCGGGAAUCAGGCUCUUUCUUUCUGAUUUGGAGACGAACAGCUUGCGCGUAAACGGCACCAGGCAUCACUGAAGGGAGAGAUUCGUGGUGUCUGGAUAUUUUCUUUUUUUAAUUUAUUGGUGACAAGGGUGAAGGAGAUUGCAGGGGGAGCAGAGUGAUUCUUUGUGGAUUGCGAGCAUCGGAUGACAUUUGGGAGUUGAGCGCGCAAAGCACCUGUGGAUGCAACACCCCCCACUGAUGUUUGGACUCAAAUCUUUUGCCAAGAAAGCAUUCACCACGAGAUUUAGUUGAUAAUCGUUGCGGUUUCGAUCAAACAGCCUGCAGUUUAGACAAGAAGCGCGCCAUGCUGCUGAGCGUUUCCCUCCUGGUGGUUCCCCUGCUGAGCAUAACCGGCUGCGGCUCCUCGUACGUGCCGUGCCAGCCGUGCGAUCAGAAGGCCCUGUCCAUGUGUCCGCCGGUGCCGGUGGGCUGUCAGCUGGUGAAGGAGCCCGGCUGCGGCUGCUGCCUAACGUGCGCGCUCGAAGAGGGCCAGCCGUGCGGCGUGUACACCGGGCCGUGCACGCGCGGGCUCCGCUGCCUGCCCAAGAACGGCGAGGAGAAGCCGCUGCACGCGCUCCUGCACGGCCGGGGGGUGUGCAGGAACGAGAAGUUGUACAAACUGCUGCAUCCGUCAAAAGAUGGAGAAUCUCAUGAUGACGCCAUGCUACCAGUCCCAGAGUCCAUGCUACCCCAAACCAAGGUUCCCUUAUAUGGAAGAGACCACAUCAGCAGUCGGAAGGCACAGGCCAUGAAACAGGCCAAGGACCGCAAGAAGCAGCUGGCCAGGCUGGGACCUGCCAGCAACCUGGACUUCUCCCCGCUCAGCCUGGAUAAACUGGAGCCUGAAUUCGGCCCCUGCAGGAGAAGACUGGAUAAUCUCAUUCAGAGCAUGAAGGACACCUCUAGGGUCUUGGCUCUGUCACUGUACAUCCCCAACUGUGACAAGAAGGGCUUCUUCAAGCGCAAACAGUGUAAGCCGUCUCGUGGUCGGAGGAGGGGGAUCUGCUGGUGCGUGGACCGGUUUGGCGUGAAAAUCCCCGGCAUCAACUACGCUGGCGGAGACCUGCAGUGCAAAGAUCUCGACAGCAGCAGCAACAGCAACGAAUGAGAGCGAACUGGUGGUACUCGCUGAGCCCCCAAAACCUGCCAAUCAAGCUAGCACACUUACUGACUGCCAAUCAGGAAAAUACGGCACAAAUGCUUAUAUAUAUGGUCAGGUGUGAUGGACUGUUUAAUUUUUUUCUUUCAGAGGGGAGCCGAACUGAAAAGCUUGCUUGGGUGGAAAUCUUCACAUGUAGGUUUUUGGCUCCCCCGCUGACCGUGUACUAUGUUUGAGGUUAGCUAACACCUCACCUCUUUAUAUCCGUAGAUAAUAGAGGAUUAUAUAUAUUUGUAUGAUAUUGAUAAUAUGUUGUGUAUUGAGUGUAUUGCUAAAUUUACUCCACGAAAUUCUGAGACAAGACAUAUUUUAAAUGUGGCUACAAAUCAACUUUUUUCCUAAUUGUUGUCAUAGUGGUGAUCAAGGAGAAACCAUUGAAGAGUAAGUCAGUACUACUCUAAAUUAGCAAUGUUUUACUAACUGUUAAUCAUGUGAAUGACAUUUUGAUGUGAGAGGCAUUUUUUAGAUAUCAAAUAAUGACUUCUGCCAUUCAGUGCUGCCCACAACCCACUCUCACUGAACACGUUCAGACUUUUCGGCUACUCUGCCAAGCCAGAAAAUGGGGGAAGGGUUCUGAAGGAUUCCUGUAGGAGGCUGGGUAUAUUAUAUAGUCAUCAGAUGGGAAAACCAUCUGAAGACACACAGAAUCAGCUGACAGUCAUUCCAUAUGCCAUAGCCAUGUCAGCAUGAUAGCUAUCAUUGUUUGUUCAGCAUAGAGUCAAGAAAAUCCUGUUUUCACUAAUUGGAUCUGUUACAGCUAACAGAAGCCUACACUUAAAAGAACAGUUUGGCAUUAUGGGAAACUUAUCACAGUCUUGUCGAAGGUUUAAUGAGAUGAUUGACACCACACUCAUAUUUGUCUGUUAGAAUGAAGCUAAAGCCAGCAGCUGGUAAGCUUAGCUUAGCACAAAGACUGGAAACAGCUAGCGUGGCUCUGUCCAAAUGUGACAAAAUCCAUCUACUAGCACUUCUAUAACCCCCCUUACAACUUGCAGUGAAAUGCAUUUCCCUGAUCGGAUUGCAAUCAGAUAGUGCUUGACCACAUCAAAAAAGUAAGGGUGUAAAUGCGCCCAGAAUGCAUUGAGAAUAGAUUAUGAUGUGAUCGGCCAAAUCACAGGAGGUGGUCAGGGAUGCAUUGUGAUCAUUUGAACACAGGUGUAAGCUUAAAUGCAAUUGCGUUUUUAAUUUACAAACAGCAAUAUGGACGGAAAUACCAGAUCUCCAGGAAGUGCACCAGGCUUUGAAGCCAAUUUUCAUAGUGGCCAAACGGUGACAUUACAUCCAUGGCCCAAAAAGCCUUUUCUCAUUGACUUACAUGGGUAAAGAGACAUCUGGAAAUCAGCUGAUGAAUUAUUUUGAGCAUCACAACCCCUGCAAAAUGACUUGUCUCACUCCAUUUAGUUUGAUAACAUUUGGAAAGUACGCUUGCUUUUUCGGCCCAAUAAUGCAGAGGCAAUCCCGAUCAUCCAGGUAAUUUUAUACAAAUGGCAGGUGAACAUUUCUGGUUUCAUGCACCAUUAAGGAACUUUCAUAGGAAUGAACGGGACACCACCCUCCACAAUGUAUCCAGUUCACUUUGUAUAUCCAUGGGGAAUACUUAAUUGCACACAAAACCAGCAAGCUAGCAGCUAUUAGUUAGUUAGCUAACCAAGCUAUUAGGGAAAAGCAGCAAGAAAGGCAAAAAAUUUUCAAGACACUAGUUGAUGGAAUCAAGACAAGACCAAGUGAGUUUAAUUAGGUCCGAAACUUGACAUCUCAUAUCGCAACCAAGCCAUUUAUGAAGCAACGGCUAAGCAAAUGGAGGAGAACGGCUCCAACUGAUCCUGGACACGGCGAUUAGAUCUCAAAGGACACAUAUUUACGUUUGAAUCCUGAGCAAAUGAAAGAGAAAAUGAAAACAAAUUCAAAACAAGAAAAUUAGUUUAAAACAAAAAAGUUAAAAACAAACAUACAAACAAGGAAAUGACCUGAAAAAGUACUUAAAAAUUCCAAUAAUUAUGUCUCUAUAAUAAUUUUCUAAAUUUAGUUGUUGUUGUUUUUUUGCAAUUUGUGGGACAUUUCUUACCAAGUUGCAUUUUUCCUCAUCAUUGCCUUUUUCCUAUGUUCUUGAAAUAAAUAGCGCCAACUUGCUCAAUGUUCAAACGUUUAAAUACUUGAAAAAAAGUGUCUGAGAGCAGCACAAGAAAAGUGAUGUCUCUCCAGGUUUCAAAGGGUUAAUACCAGGGGCUCUAG